UCAGUUAGGAGCGCUAUAUACACCGGUUGCACUAUUUUCCUGUAAAAGACACACCUGAAGCUGCGCCGAACCGACAGUCGUGCUCUUAAGCUGGGAGCCCCGAGAGUCAGCGAGAGGACGAGAGGAUCAGCCAGCCAGCCAGCCAGCCCCCCGCCCACCGAAAUUAUAAGAGGGAGGAACUUGGUGUGGCGGGGCCGAGGCGCCUGGAUCAGGUACACACACGCCGUCACUGCGAUCCGAAUUGGAGCGGACCAAGAAGCUGCCAGCUCGUGGGCCACUGGCCCCCCUCUAGAAACUCAGCACAGCUCGUGCGGGACACUGCAAGGGAAUACACGCCAAAGUUCCCGAGAACUUCUAGUCGGACACCAACUUGGAAAGUCGCAUACUGGCUGCAGGGAUCGUUUGGAUAUUGUGACAGCAAAAAGCUUUAAAGGAGUUAUAGCUGCCCUGUACUACAUUGGUCAUUCAGAAUGGCUGCUGCUUGGCUCCUCAGGUCGGUCCUUUUAAAAGGUCUUUUAUUGUGGCAAGCUGUCAUCUGCAGUGCCCAGAAUGACUGCACUGGUGCUGAAUGCCUUGUACUGGAAAACUGCAUUGAAGAGGUGCUGGAAGUAGGCUCCUGUUGUGCAUCCUGCAUGAAGAAAGGUUGCACCUGCGAGGGGUACCAGUAUUAUGAUUGUGUGAAUGCAGGCUUUCGCAAUGGCAAAGUCCCAGAGGGUGAAUCUUACUUGGUAGAUUUUGGAAGUACCGAGUGUUCUUGCCCCAAAGGAGGAGGAAAAAUCACCUGUCACUUUAUCCCCUGCCCUGAAAUCCCCCGAAACUGCAUUGAGUUGGAUGAGCCAUCUGACAGUUGCUCCCAUUGCAAGCGAAUUGGAUGUACCCAUGGAGACCAGACAUAUGAAGCUGGUUAUACAUUCCAGAUGGACACCUGCCAGGUAUGCCAUUGCCCUAACACAGGAGGGGAUCUAAUGUGCUACCCUAAGCCAGAUUGUCAGUCACAAGCCACAGAGGAAGGAAACCAUCGAAAACAUUAUGAUGAACCUUACAGCUAUGAUCAGGAGGCCUCAGAAGAUCAACAGUCCAAAGAGCACAGCAGAAACCUCUCCAUGUUCAAAACAGAUCAUGCACACACAAUAGAUAAUGACUAUGACUACCCAGAAUUCAGCUCUACACAAAGAGCCAAGUGGAAUACUGUAUCACCAACUAUAUCAUCUUUGAUCCCUGCACUGGAUCGUGAACACCCAUCACCCAACGAUACACUAAAUGUGGAGCACAGGUUAAGAGAUAUACUUCUGGAAGAGGUCACUGACAACCCCAUACUUCAGACCACCCAAGUGACGCCACUUAUGGGCCCAUCUGACAAUGUGACUGAAACCAUGAUGAACCUAAAACUAGUCUCUGAUCCUGGGUUGCUCACCUCUACUGAUAGCCACGGGUUGACCACCUUCCCACCAGUCAGGUUCAACCCCACAAGCCAGCCUGAGGAAGUGGUAAAGGCAACUGAACAUGAGCAGCAGAGAAGGCAGUCACAAAGUUUUCUACAUUAUGAUGCCAAAGAAGAGGAGAGGCCAUCUGGGACCUUGACUACAAGUGUAGUUUCCACCAAGGACUUGAUUGAGUCGUGUUGUUCAGCAGGACAGCAAUGGGCAGCAGCAGGUGGCCAGUGUGAUAACAUGCAAAUGAUGGACAAAAAUUCAUCUGUAUGCAGAAUUGCACAGAAGCAAUGCUGUAUGGGAUACAUCAAAGAAAACAACUGCUUGGCUGGUGUCACAGCAGCCAGAGAGGGUGAGGAAUGUGAUGUGGAUGAAAGUGACAUCUGUGGAGCGGACAUCUAUAAGGAGUGUUGCACCUGCUGCUCUCUUGGCUUGAAACUACGCAUUGAGGGCCUUGGCUGUGAGUCUCACAGCUUUUUGGGCUACCCAUGCAACCACAUGAUCUUAGCAUGCUGUGAAGGAGAAGAAGGACACAUCCAAUCUUCCCUCAAUCAAAUUUCAAAGCUGGAAACCACUUCAUUACCUGAGAGAGUUUCAGAUGUUCAGUAUGCAAAGGAGGCUUUCUCAGCAGGUGAUGAGGAGGAAAAGGAAGUAGAUGAUCAGGACGAAUGCCAGCUCCAUGAGAGAUUGUGCAGUCAGGUGUGCAUCAACACCCCUCAGUCCUACCAGUGUAGCUGCUUCCCAGGAUACACCCUGCAGCCUGAUCACUACACCUGUACUAAAGAUUAUGAAGAUUUGAAUGACAAAGUGGACAUAAUGCCCCUGCCUUCCCUGUCCCCUACCGAGACUGCUGAGCUGGACCUGUGUAGAGAUAAUGGGCCAUGCAUGCAGCUCUGCACUCAGAUUGAGAAGACCCUCUUCUGUUCCUGCUUGAAUGGCUACACUCUCAUGCAGGAUGGUAUCUCAUGUGAAGAUAUCGAUGAGUGCCUCACUGGGGUUCACAGCUGUGCAAAUGGGACACGUUGUGAGAACACCAGGGGAUCUUUCCUCUGUGUCUACGUUGGAGGAGAAUGUCUGGAGGGUUAUGUACUCGACACAGAUAGGCGAUGUGUUGAUAUUAAUGAGUGUCUCACCGAUUCCCAUACCUGUCACUCCAGGGAACGCUGCAUUAAUACUGUUGGCUCCUUUAGGUGUGAGGGAGUCCUGACCUGUCCACCUGGGUACCAAAACAAAGAUGACAUCUGCGAAGAUAUUAAUGAGUGUGAACUGGAGACUCAUAACUGCAAAGCCGACCUCCAAUGUCAGAACACAGCCGGCUCCUUCUACUGCAGUCCAAAGCAAAGCUGCCUGACAGGGUUCACACGGGAUCAGCAUGGGAACUGUAUAGAUAUUGAUGAAUGUAGCAGUGUACUGAAACCCUGCAGUUCUGGCUUUAACUGUAUCAACACUGUGGGCUCCUACACCUGUCAGAGAAAGGUUAUCAUGUGCAGCCAAGGCUACCAUGCCAGCUCUGAUGGAACCCGCUGUGUUGAUGUGGACGAAUGCCAAGCUGGAGUGCAUCAGUGUGGAGAAGGACAAGUUUGCCAUAAUUUGCCUGGGACUUAUCGCUGUGAUUGUAAACCAGGUUACCAGUAUGACAUGUUCAGCAAGACAUGCUUGGAUAUCAACGAGUGCUGGCGUUACCCGGGGCGGCUCUGUGCUCAGACUUGUGAGAACACUCAGGGCUCCUAUCACUGCUCCUGUACAACAGGCUUCACUCUGGCUUAUGACGGCAAAAACUGUGAAGAUGUGAAUGAAUGCACAAACAACCCAUGCAGUCAGGAGUGUGCCAACAUCUAUGGCUCUUAUCAGUGCUACUGCCGACAAGGAUUUUACCUGAAAGAAGAUGGUCAUACCUGUGAAGACAUUGAUGAGUGUUCACAGAGCAUUGGCAACUUUUGCACCUUCAAGUGUGUAAAUGUGCCAGGCAGCUAUCAGUGCACCUGUCCAGAGACAGGCUACACUAUGUCGCACAACGGCCGUACCUGCAGAGACAUUGAUGAGUGUGCUGCGGGAACCCAUAACUGUAGCACAGAUCAGAUGUGCUACAACAUUCAAGGUGGCUUCCGUUGUUUAUCUUUCAGCUGCCCACAGAAUUACAGGAAGGUGUCAGACAUGCGCUGUGAACGCCUUUCCUGUCUCAACUACCUGGAUUGCCAGAACAGCCCUUUGAGGAUCACCUACUACCAGCUGAGCUUUCAGACCAACAUCAUGGUGCCGGCACAGAUUUUCCGCAUUGGGCCUUCACCAGCCUACGCUGGGGACAACAUUAUGAUAAGCAUCACUGGUGGUAAUGCAGAGGGCUACUUUAGCACCCGUAAGCUGAAUUCCUACACGGGUGCUGUCUUCCUGCAGAGGGAGGUGCUGCAGCCCCAGGACUUCCUGAUUGAUGUGGAGAUGAAGCUCUGGCGACAGGGCACAUUAACCACCUUCCUUGCCAGGCUCUAUGUGUUCAUCACAGCCCACACACUCUGAAGUGGUGCUGCCCAUAUUGAUCACUUGUGAUGGCAGCUGCUUGUUUAUUACCAUACUGUAUAAGUGCGAUCUUUCUUGGAGUAGCUUUCACAUACAUUCUGCUGAUGGUGCCCAUCAUCAUGUACCUGUAACAUUCAUAUUUUGUGCCAAUGAUACCAGGUGGUUGGGAGGAGGAUCCUGCUUGUCUUGCUGAAUUGCCUGCAGAGGGAGGAAGAAUAAGUUUAUCCACCCCUAUCAGCUUGCUGCUGACUUUUCAGUGGUGAGAUAAAUAUUACAACAUACUUUGAAAUGAGUAUUUACAGUUUAUGGGUGACAGCAGCACAUAACCACUCUUCCAGUGAACUUGGGGAGG